AAGUGCUCUAAAAAGGCCGAGUUUGGGCAAUUGAAGAAAUUGUGUGAAGGAAAAGUCAGGGGAGGGAAAGCUAAGACUACAUGACAUUAAAUCUCAUUCAUUGAUUUUGAAAAAGUACCGAGCGUGCUUCGCCAUCGCAACGCUUCAAAGCGGAAGCCAGUGAAUUAGGAAAAAUUGCCACGUCCUUGCCUCGAGUUUUUACUUUAUUUUAAAAACGUCAACUUUGAGAGCUUUCUGACGACCACUUGGCUUUGAAAAAAUCUUGCUCAUUUUCCUAAAGCACAAUUAUUUGCAUUUAAAAAAAAUUGAUCGAGAUUGCACCGCUCCAAUCAAAAACGCGAGCGUGCGCGUAACAUCUGAUCCUCGCGUUACUUCCACUCUCGCUGCGUUUGACUUGUUGGCGGGGCGUUGGUGCCUUGGACUUUUUUUCUUCUUCACGUCUCGGUCCACUACGCUGCUUUGGGGCUGCUCGAGAGAAGAGUCUGAUUCACUCGACCACACUACUCCUAAAGUAACACAUUACAAUGGCCGGAUCCAACAGCAUCGAUGCGGUAAAGAGAAAAAUUAAAGUUUUACAACAGCAAGCGGAUGAGGCAGAAGAAAGAGCCGAGAUUUUGCAGAGACAGGUCGAGGAGGAGAAGCGUGCUAGGGAGCAGGCUGAGGCCGAGGUGGCGUCUCUGAACAGGCGUAUCCAGCUGGUUGAGGAGGAGUUGGAUCGUGCUCAGGAGAGACUGGCCACAGCCCUGCAGAAGCUGGAGGAAGCCGAAAAAGCUGCAGAUGAGAGCGAGAGAGGGAUGAAGGUUAUUGAGAACAGGGCUCUGAAGGAUGAGGAGAAGAUGGAGCUCCAGGAGAUCCAGCUCAAGGAGGCCAAGCACAUCGCUGAGGAAGCCGACCGCAAGUAUGAGGAGGUGGCACGUAAGCUGGUGAUCGUGGAGGGUGAGCUGGAGCGUACCGAGGAGAGAGCAGAGCUUGCCGAAAGCAAAUGCGCUGAGCUGGAGGAGGAGCUGAAAAAUGUCACCAACAAUCUUAAGAGUUUGGAGGCCCAGGCUGAGAAGUAUUCCCAGAAGGAAGACAAGUAUGAGGAAGAAAUCAAGAUCCUCACUGAUAAGCUGAAGGAGGCUGAGACCCGUGCUGAGUUUGCCGAGAGGUCUGUGGCCAAACUUGAGAAAACCAUUGAUGAUUUGGAAGAGAAACUGAGAGAUGCUAAAGAGGAGAACGUCAAGAUUCAUGCCACUUUGGACCAGACCCUGAGCGAGCUCAACAGUUUCUAACAACCUGGACCAUGAAUAUCCUCCUUCCUAACACCCAAUUCUCAUCUCAUUUGCUUUCUUUCUCUCUGCACAUGUGGUGAUUCUAUUUUCUUCGACCCUGUUUUCAUAUGGGUUAGAGCUCACCAAGCCUACUAGCUUUUAGGAGCACUUGAUAUGUUUCACAUCUCCUCAGAAACAUUAUUGCAUCUCUAAAAUAAUACACCGUAGAGGUUUUGAUGUUAUGUUGGGGUGUUGUUUUUUGAAAGUUUAAUGACCAGUGCUUUGCAUCAGUGGCAAAUGUCUAAUCCAACCAAAACUGCCACGUUUUUCCUCAUCUCCCGGUCUUUUCCUGACUGGCCUUUGAUCGCCAGAUAGCCAAAUUCACUCUGUUUCUAUGAACAAGGAUAUUGAAGCUUCUGUCUGGUGCCCCCCCUUUUCUCCUCGUCUUCCUCUUCACUGUUCAUUCUCCACAUGUUUCUGCUGCCUGGUGUCACAGGUUUUGGGACCAAAACCACACCAUGUGGUCUGUAUCAGUAUGCACAACCAUUCCGGGCUGACCAUCAUUUUUGUUAGUUUUUUUUAUUGAAAGCAUGUGCUUGUUUGGAGUUGGAGUUUUUUUUUGGUUUGGGAUAAACCCCCCCCCAUUAUUUUAACACAAAACCUUUUUCAAACCACUAUUUGAAAUGCUGCACUGUUGUGGGCUUAUGGUGGGUGUCCUGUGAGCAGAGGGGCUACGUCGUGGUUUCCUCAUGCAAUCUGAAUGGUGGCCUGUUUUGUCUGUUUUGCUUUAAAAAUCUUUAAUCUUCAACCUUCCCUAGGUAGAGUAAAGGAUUUUUCUUUACCGCAAGUUCAAGUCAGUGUCACUGCAAGAUUUGAAAGUCCUCAAAGCCGUGCAGAUCUAAAAAUGUAUUAUGAACACAGUAAAUGGGAGCGAAAUGUAACACUUAAUAGUAUAUGGAUUUAAUGGGUGAACACAUAUUUUAACUGGAAAGAGCCCACAAUGACGUGUAAUCACUUUGUUACUGUCUUUAUCUUGUGUAAUGAUGGCUAAAUUCUUUUUUUAAAUAAAAGACCAUGAUUUUUACUGUCA